AUGUGUGCAAGCUACGGCUGCUUAAAAAAAGACAUGGGGAGCGUUUUUGUAUCGUUGAGAGAACUUGGAUUUCGUGGACGUGUUGAAUUAGAAAAAACUGGCGUUCGUCGUCGUGCGUUAUCAAAUCGCAAAGUGAUAUUAUUAGAAGACACGGCAACAGGCGACGUUUUAUUAGAUGAAGCUUUAAGACAUGUUAAAGAAACACAGCCAGCUGAAACUGCUCAAAGUUGGAUUGAAUAUCUUAGUGGUGAGACAUGGAAUCCUCUAAAAUUAAAAUAUCAGUUACGCAAUGUUCGUGAACGUUUGGCAAAAAAUUUGGUAGACAAAGGCAUUUGCAGUACUGAAAAACAAAAUUUUUUUUUAUUUGAUAUGACAACUCAUCCACUCAAUGAUAGUGUUCAUAAAAUAAAAUUAAUUAAACGUGUUCAAGAUUGUGUAUUGUCACGUUGGCCAAAUGAUCCUCGUCGUAUGGAACGUCGAAUGUUAGCUUUAAUCUAUUUAGCUCAUGCUAGUGAUGUCCUUGAAAAUGCAUUUACAGCUCUAUCAGACGAGGACUAUGAAGUAGCUAUGAAACAUGUCCGGGAAUUAUUAGAUUUAGAUCCCGAUCAGGAAUGUGGUAAAUAUGAUCCAAAAAUGGAAGUCAUGUGGGCAGUUGUAUCGGCAUUCAAUAAAUAA